CAGAGCAUCUCUCCCUCCACCUAUAAUGAUCUUUAAAAACCGUUUUAGAGUGGGGCAAAAAAUCCUGCUGGAAUAAAAUCGGCUUAGUGGACAGAAUUAGAGGGGAAGCGUUUGGAGCCAUGGCAGGAUUAAAGCAAAUUGUGUGAAAUAAAAAGCGAGUGAUCACGAGUGACUCUGUUCCUGACUGUUUCUGGAGGGAGGGAGGCAGUGUGUGAGAGAGAAAGGGAGAGCGAGAGCAUAGAUUUUCAUCCAAAUCCAUAUCUAUUUUUUAAUCCUCGUCUGCCAUCGUAUUGUAAAACGCUGGCUGUAGCCAACGCGAGGAGAUUGUUUCGCAAUGCAACGCUUUUAAUAACCUUCGCGCAAUCUUUACAUUCACCGAGUGCGCAUUUGUUUUAAACUUCAUUUUUCCCUCUGACUCCCGGACAGCAUCAUGACCAGUUUGCGGGAUCGCCUCUCUUUGGAAUGCUGGGAAUUACGCGGCAACAUCCCGGAGAGCAUGUAAACGCCAAUGGAGUUUGGGAUUUAUUACAAAAUAUGGGAAAGAUGACCGUCUUGUCUUUGUGUUUCUUCUUGUGCUCCGAUCUACUGCAAGUAGCUGUUGGAUAUUUGACUGUAACGAUAGAGCCACUGCUUCCAGUUGUUGUGGGAGAGACAGUGACUCUAAAGUGCAACUUUAAGACAGAUGGACGAUUGCGGGAGAUCGUGUGGUACAGGGUUACAGACGGGGGAACUAUUAAGCAGAAGAUUUUUACAUACGAUGCUAUGUUCAAUACCAAUUAUUCCCAUAUGGAGGAUUACCGCAGGCGGGAAGACCUGGUAUAUCAAUCAACAGUCCGGCUCCCAGAGGUUCGGAUCUCAGACAACGGACCUUACGAAUGCCAUGUAGGAAUUUAUGACAGAGCUACACGGGAGAAAGUUGUCCUGGCAUCAGGGAACGUCUUGCUUACAGUGAUGUCUCCACCCAACAACAUCUCAGUUGUGGCUGAGAACACCCCGGCACCGUUCAGCCGGUACCAGGCCCAGAAUCUCACCCUGAUCUGCACUGCCAAAGGAGGGAAACCAGCCCCAGUGGUACAAUUUAAACGGGAUGGGGAGCUGAUAGAGGUGAUCUCCUACGUUUCCCCCACCGUGGGGUACGAGGGUGGUGGAUCUGCAGGUGUGCGUGGAGCCAGACCUCUGAUCAGCAGGGAUCUGGAUGACACUAAGCUGCGGAAAUCCCUUUCUUUGCUGGGUCCGGAUGGCAGGCCCGGACGUCUCAAUACAGAGAGCCCUGGGCGGAGCUACAUGGCCAAGCAGCCUGGUCAAGAUCCCAGCCCGGCCACAGAGACCAUCCCAGAGACGGUGGUCAGCCGGGAGUUUCCACGCUGGGUUCAGAGCACAGACCCCCUGUACUACUACAGCAGCACGCACAUCCCUCAAAGCGAUGGGUCUGUGCUGGUCCAGGCGAGACUUACGUGGACCCUAAACCCGCAGUUGGACAACGAUGCACUGUUUAGCUGCGAGGUCACGCACCCCGCUCUAUCCAUGCCUAUGCAGACUGAGGUCAUACUGGCGGCUCCUAAAGGCCCCAAGCUCGUGAUAACCCCUGCCAAGGCAAAGGUAGGGGAUACAGUGCGCAUCACCGUCCAAGGUUUCCAGGUAGGAUCUCCAGGGAAUGAGGUGUUUCCCGAGCCUCUGUUCACCUGGACGCGGGUGGGUGGGAGACUGCUGGAUGGCAGUGCGGAGAGAGAUGGGAAGGAACUGGUGUUGGAGCGAGUCCCUGCUGAACUCAAUGGCUCCAUGUACCGCUGCACGGCACAGAAUCCUUUGGGAUCUACUGACACACAUACAAGACUCAUUGUGUUUGAAAACCCAAGUAUGAUGAAAAACACACAGAAUCCCAACAAUGGAGCUGCCGGUUUGCACACGUAUGGACUGAUAUGCCUGCCAUUUAUUCUCACAGUGACUGUUAAGCUGACGUGAAUAUCCUCAGUUCAACUACACACAAACGCACCUCCUCUCAAGGCAGGUGCAUAUAUUACAAACACACACGCACACAAACACAAGCCUUCUCCAGCCCAUGAAUAAACCUACCUUGCUUUCAUCUGUUGGAGAACCUGAGCCUCCAAUAGGGGGCGCAACAUCUUUUUUUUGUGAAAACAUCCAACAAAAGAUCCAGAUGGAAAUGAUGAUAAUAUUGAUAAUACAAAAAAGAUUACACAUGAAAAUAAGAACAAGCAUCUGCCAUUUUUGCUUUUUUGCAUUUACUUGCCUGUCGAUCAAUAAAGAGAAAAAGAGAAAAAGGAGAAGACCUUGGCGUUCAAGCUGAACAAAUUUGUCAUGCACUGGGGCGUGGAAAAAGACACUGAGGAAUAGUUGGCUUCUGAAAACGUUGACUGUCACUUCAACUUCGACCAGCCGUACUCAAGCCGCGUCCAUCCAAUACCGCACACUGGCACAAACAGGACACGAAAUCCCCUUUUUAUGGACGCCAUUUGUGUUUUUUGAUCACAUGUUUUUCCCCUUUAAUUUUCUCGAAUGGUUCUCGGCUGGAAUGUAACAAAAAGAGACAAUACUAAACGUUUUAUUGCAAAGAAAUGGAAGAUCCUCUUUUUAAGUGUAUUUUGUGUACAUCCCUGUAAAUAAUAAAAAGUAUAUUACGGAAAAGAAAAAAUGAAAAUUAAUAGAGAUUUGGGGUCAGGAUUUGGGGGAAGAUGCAAGGGGGUAGCAGCUAAUGGCUUUAUUCCAUGUGUCUGGUCAUCCCCGGUGGCCAUCGCCCAAAAUCCAACCCAGCUUUUAGACAACAGUGGAAUCAGUGGCCUUUCUAAGUUCUGAUUUCAUGCGUUCAGUAUCUACGACAUCCGUGUGACUGUUUUCAAUCACAGACGAAAGAGGGCAACCUUUCUCCAUUGGUGGUGCAUGUGACGUUUGAAGAUGAUUUCCCGUCUCAUCUGUUUGUUGCCUUUCUGUACUUAAGUUCUUGUUGCAUAUUCAGUGACCCGCAUCGUGUACAGUCCUAAUCUCUAAUCCAACAGUUACUGCUAGGAUCAUGUUAGACGCCAUUACGACCCCCCCCCCAUCCCCCAAAGGAAGCUCAAGUGUAAACAGGGUUGUUGCAUUUGUUUCAUAUCACCUGUAUUAAAAAUGGAGAUGAUCAA